AUGGGUGUCACCGGGCUGUGGACAGUCGUCCAGCCCUGCGCCCGGCCCGUCAAGCUCGAGACCCUCAACAAGAAACGGCUGGCCGUCGACGCGUCGAUCUGGAUCUACCAAUUCCUAAAAGCCGUGCGAGACAAAGAAGGCAAUGCACUGCGCAACUCACAUAUCGUGGGUUUCUUCCGCCGCAUAUGCAAGCUGCUCUACUUUGGAAUCCGACCCGUUUUUGUCUUUGAUGGGGGCGCCCCCGUUCUCAAACGACAGACGAUCGCAGCGCGAAAGAAAAGACGCGAGGGGCGCCGAGAAGAUGCGGCGAGGACGGCGGGGAAGCUGCUGGCUGUGCAGAUGCAGCGAUCUGCCGAGGAAGAGGCCGAAACGCGGCGGCGGAAUAAGAAACGGCCCGAAGAUCAAGAAGAAGUUCCUGAUGCCCCGGUAUAUGCCGAGGAGACCUUCAUGACGGAGAAGGAGAAACAACAAAACCGGCGAUUCAAGAAGAAAGAUGCCUACCAUUUACCGAACCUAGAUGUUUCGCUGGAAGAGAUGGGAGCCCCCAACGACCCGCGGAUCAUGUCGCAGGAAGAACUGGAAGAAUAUGCGAGGCAGUUUCACCAGGGUCAAGAUAUUAAUCUUUAUGACUUCUCUAAAAUCGACUUCGACAGUCCCUUUUUCCUCAGUCUGCCCGCCACCGACCGAUACAAUAUCCUCAAUGCGGCAAGGCUGCGAAGUCGGCUGAGAAUGGGAUACUCGAAAGAGCAGCUAGACACGAUGUUCCCGGAUCGUAUGGCCUUUUCCAAGUUUCAAAUUGACCGAGUCAAGGAGCGAAAUGAUCUUACGCAACGAUUGAUGAAUAUCAAUGGCAUGAAUGGGGAAGAAGCAUUCUAUAACUCUGGUCAGCGGAUCGCUGGCGAACGCGGGAGAGAAUAUGUUUUGGUCAAGGACAGCGCAAUGGAAGGCGGAUGGGUCCUUGGUGUUGUGGGAAAUAAGGACGAAGGCCAGGAAGACAAGCCUAUUGAUCUUGAUCGACAUGACCAGGCGGAGCCUUUGUCAGAAGACGCCGAGUCAGAAGAUGAAUUCGAGGAUGUUCCGAUUGAGGGCCUCAACCGACUCCCCAAGCUUCCUUUCCUUCGUGAAGGUGUAUUCGACCAGUCGCUUCAGCGGGCGAGGGAAGAUUCAGGCGUGCAAGAAGCGAUUGACAGGUCUCGCCAUGAUUUACGGAGAGCUUCGACACAUGAAGACGACUCGCUGUUUGUUCAAGGCGGAGAUUUUGGCAGCGAGAUGAACCGUGAUGCCGGUAUCUUUGAAGAUGAGGAGGAUGAGGAUCUCCAAAAAGCCCUCACAUUAUCAUUACAGCACGAUGAAGAGCAGAACGACGAAGACAUGCCCGAUAUCGCUAUCAAUCGACCAAAGGAGCCAAUAUUUCCUCCUGAGCCAACAAAAGACAUAGCACUUGAGAGUGACGACGACAUGGACUUUGCUGUCGCCAUGGCGCAAUCUAAGGUUUCCCAAAAAGAACGACCCAAAAAUGCAUUUUCCGGACCUCUUCCUUUUGAAUCUAUCAAACUUAAUAAAACCAGAAGAGAUCAGCCUGCUGAAAAUGACAAGGAGGCCGGUGGAUUCGUGAGAGAAUCCAAAAAGCCGUCGAAAAAGAAAGAAGGGCCACUGCCGCCUUGGUUCGUGGGUGAACGCGAUGAUACGCAAUUCAUUGUUGAUUCGACAGACGUUCAUGAGAGAGAUCAGGAGCGGCAAAUGGCGCCAGAUCAUCUUUUCCUAUCCAAUCGCCGAUCACCAGACAUAAUUGAUGUUGACAACUUGCCAGAAAUGAAGGAAGUGGUCGAUCUCGAGGCCGAUUCAAAGAAGCAGGUGUCCGAAAUGGAGAAGCUUGAGACGGCCAUUGAGGUAGACGACGCGGUGAAGGAGGUGCCUGAUUCUAUAUCUCACAAGAGCAUAGAUAUGGAACCGACAGCCAUUGAAGUUCCUAAACAGCCAGUCGCAGUUGAACAAACCCUCGAUGAGCCACACCCGCAGGUUGUUUCCUUGGGCGUUGAGCAAUCUCAGUACCCGGAGUUGAAGGAGGAAUUGACUGCAACACCGGCAGAGAUCGCAGGCGAUGCUGCCCCUGCGCAGGAAUGGCCAUCACAGCCCCAACGUUCUCUCUCGCCUGAAUUUGAAGAUGUCCUGCCGUCUACAACGGGCCCUGAAAUCACUGUCAGCACCGUCGGUUACUCCGCUCCAACUGCCCCGCCUCUUGAAGACACCGGCCGGCCAGAGGUCCUGGCAGAGGGCGAGGACGAAUACAGUGAUCCAGAAGAUGAAGAACUACUGCAACAGCUUGCCGCUGAGGGGGAAGAGCAUGUCCGGUUUGCGAAAACCCUCAAUUCGGCUGCUCCUAACCAAGAUGCCUUCGAUUACGAACAAGAGCUCAAGCAGCUGCGCAACCAGCAAAAGAAGGAUCUUCGUGAUGCAGACGACGUGACCCAGAUCAUGAUCAAUGAGUGUCAGCAGCUGUUGGGACUCUUUGGGCUGCCCUACAUUACCGCCCCCAUGGAGGCAGAAGCGCAAUGCGCCGAGCUCGUCUCACUCGGCCUUGUGGACGGAAUUGUUACGGAUGAUAGCGAUGUCUUUCUGUUUGGCGGUACGAGGGUCUACAAGAACAUGUUCAACCAGAGCAAGUUUGUGGAAUGCUACCUGACCUCGGAUCUGGAGAAAGAGUACUCCCUUCACCGAGAGAAGCUGAUCAGCUUUGCGCACCUUCUCGGCAGCGACUACACGGAGGGCAUUCCCGGCAUCGGUCCCGUCACCGCGCUGGAGAUCGUGACCGAGUUUUCGAGUCUCGAGGAGUUCCGCGACUGGUGGAUGCAGGUGCAGAUGGGCAUGAACAACCCCGACGACAGCCACGCCGCAUUCCGGAAGAAAUUCCGCAAGAAGGCGUCGAAGAUCUUUCUGCCCCCCGCGUUCCCAAACCCGCUGGUUGACACGGCCUACCUCGAGCCCGAGGUCGACGCCGACCCAUCGCAGUUCCAAUGGGGCGUGCCAGACCUGACCGGCCUGCGCAAUUUCCUGAUGACCACGAUCGGCUGGAGUCAGGAGCGCACCGAUGAGAUCUUGUUGCCGGUCAUCCGCGACAUGAACCGGCGCCAGCAAGAGGGUACGCAGUCGAACAUCACGCACUUCAUGCAGGGUUCACUGGGGGCAGGGGCAUUUGCGCCUCGCGUGCACCGCAGCGGACCGAGUCGCAUGGAGAAAGCAUUCAGCCGACUGCAGCAACAGGCGCAGGACCCUACUAAUGAGGGGUCGGAGAAACGAGGGCAGAAACGCAAGGCGCGCACAUAG